AAAGAAAGCAAUACUGGAACAAAGCGAGCAUUUUGCGUUUCGCAAACCAUUAGCCAGUGCUCAUCAGCGAACAGUUUAACGCGUGCACGAUGGUAAUCGACCAAACGGACGGCAAAUUUCAAUGGUUGUGGUGGGGUCAAUGGCCAAGUCGUGACGCAUUCAAGAGAGCGGCCACAUUUGCGCCGUGUCCCACGUUGAAAGACACGCACGCAUGCUCGAAAUGUAGUGCGACGCGUUCUAUUUUUUUUUAUUUUUUUAUUCUAUUUAUGUUACUUACUUUUGCACAGGCGGCAACUGCAGCGAGCAGCCAACGCAACGUCGGCGUUUCUCGCGCAGCUGUUCAUCGGGAACAGCUGCGUGAUUGAGCCGCUUCCGCGCCGCACUAUUUGCGUGCAGCGUCGGCAGAAGUUUGAGUGUGCGCAAGGGACCACGUCUUCUUCCGCGCAAAAAUUAAGUACCGUGUUCGAAGAGGACUACGCAGUGAACUUUUUUUGUUCAAGUAUAUGGAAGUGCUACAUAAGGAUGGCAAAUCUUUCUUGUAGAGGGAGCCAUGAUACGAAAUAGCAGCAUAGCUCGAAAUAGAGUGAAAACUGAGAGUGCGAAGUGACACAGCUCUUAAAACAUACCUCGCUCUUGGUGGCCUGUGAAGCCCGGCUGCAGUGCUUCGUCUGGUGCACCUAAUUUGGAAAGUUCAACUCGAUCUCGCGCAGACGACGCUACCUCCUCGCCACCACCCUCGCAGCAGACAAAAGACAGGUGACCCAGCUGCAGGCGAAUUUAUUGCUCACGACAAGAGAACGUGGAGAUAUGAUCAAGGCGCAAACAUGUCCGUGAGCGACCCGCUGCUGAAGCAGCUCAAAGACCAUAUAUUCGAGCUCCGUCGCCAUUGCCUUGUGGUGGCCAUCGAUGACUCCAAUGGCCUCCUGCUCCCUUUCUGCACAACACUGGAACUCAUCUUCCGGAAGGGGCUCCAAGUGCAAAAGAAUACUCCGCUUGGCAGCUUGCGCCGAGACUACUGGAAUGCAUUUUUCUCCAUGCUGCACUUGAAGAACAAGGACAAGUUACCGUUGCGGCUGGCUACGUCCAUUCAGACUGUGAAAGACUUCAAAAAAGUGCAAACAACGCAAGGAAAAGGUCGACUGCUACUGCGAGUCCUGCUCAAGCGACGUCUGCUCAAGACAGCUGUCACAUGUCUCCUGCAAUCGCCAAGCCUCGCCGCCGCCAUGUACAACCCAUCUGACUCAAUACUCGGGAACGAGAUACUCGCAGAAAUCCUACUGUCUCUUUUGCACGAGGUCGACAAAAUACCCUUCAGCAUAACUCUACGGAAUGCUACCUUCCUGGACGAGACUUGGCAUUUAGGGCUCUACCAGAGCUUCGAGUUCGUCCCUUGCGAUACCCUCGGCAUUAGCAUCGGGUUUGCCGCUGGAGUUCCCGUGGUCACACAAGUGGAUGAAGGAAGCGUUGCAGGCGAAGACGACAAAAUGCAAGUAGGAGACGUGCUGGACGACUUGUACGGCGAGGCACUGAAAGGGCGAAAGCGGGGCACAAUAUCGACGCUUCUGGACCACUUCAAGGGCAUGCCAGUGUACCUCUCCGUCAUCAAGAGCUACCAAUCAGACGGUACCCCGUAUCCUCCCGUAGCACAUCUUCUCAAGAGGCUCCGCAUAUCGCCACCCCAAGAGAAGAAGCCAGUCGGCGCAACUUCAGAGAGGAACUCGCCGGACUUGUUCCCCGAGUCACCAGGAGCCUCUGGUUUGCCAGUGAAUACACCACAUGAGAGUGCAGCCUAUGCAGCCGUGUACAUUGGGAAAACAUACGUCGGAAGUGCUGGCCACGUCUUGGAGAUCGAAAGGGCCAUCCGAGAUGUUGCCGUCAAGGACACGGACACACAUGUGAAAUACAGAACGCCAGUGUGGGUCGACGUUAGUGACUGCUACUUCAAAGUCUUCAGUCGAAUGACCAAAGAGAUACUCUUGGAGAAACAUUUUACCGAGAUCGCUUCAUGCGGUAAAUCAAGCAGCUUUCCGUCCAUAUUUGCCGUUGUCGCUGGGGAGACUACAUGCACGGUUUCCAAGCACUUCUACAGUUACGUGUUUCAAGUGAAACAACCUAGCAUUUGCCAAACGAUCCUAUGCAUAAUAGCUCAAGGAUUUACGAGAACAAGCUGGUCUGUCUGAGCUGCGAAACUGCCGUUUUACGUGAAUGAUGGUGGGGACGCAGCGUGAGCGCGGCGGAGCCAGUUUGUAAGGGCUUCUUGCCCGUCAUUGACGCAUUCUUCGGGUUCUUCUGGUAUCCCUCCCUUCAUUCCCCCGGGUACAAUAUAUUGGCCACUGAUGCGUAUGUUGUUCCGUUUGGGCACAUCCCCGCAAAUUGAAGACAUAGGCGCCUAAAGUACGCCUCUCGUGCCGCGUGUGGUGGACCCGCUUUUAGCCUCCCAUAGUUGCGGAUUUUGGAAUCAGGGACGGGAGAAGAGGGCUGCCUGUCCAGCCAUUGCGCCAAGCCUAAACGACGUAAGGAGCUGUCUUUCGCGUCGAUUCGAAUGAGAAAAUAUUCAAUGCUACAGUCAAGGUGUCCUAAAAAGGUAAAUAUUGCUUGACCGACAGUAUGUAUCCUAUGCGACUACGCUUCGAUGCGACUGAGCACACAAAGGCGCAAACUGCUUACUCAAGCCACUAACCUCAACAAACGCCUUCUAUGAUCCCUAUCAUAAAUCUGAAAGCAAUACAGCAUUUAUCUUGGUUUUCGUCACCGAGCAUUUCCUGACUUCUAUACUUUAGUUGCCUAAAUUAUAAUUCUGUAACCGUAUGACCAAGAAUAGUGAUGGAAGCAGCGUACUACGGAGGUACGGUGUACUUUUACUAAUUUCUACACGCAAGUGUAUGAAAUUGACAUGCCACCCGAACAUCGACACUUUCCAAGCAGACCAUAACGCUAACUUGCUAAUUUUAACAGAUUGUAGCACAGUGGAUGUGCUUUGUUACAACAAAUUUUAUUGCGAUAGCAAUUAUAUGGACACUCCAGCCACAUUUCUGGCGUCGACGGGAGGUUCCGCAUAAAGUCCAAAGGCGUUAAAAUCUGCGUCGAGCGCCGUGUGCUCUAUUUGCGAGUGAAAGUGUGCGAGUAGGAGUUGGUGAUCGUCGCUCAGUCUUGCGCAACCAAGCGAGGAAAGCGGAGAGGAAGCUCGCUGUCCUCUUUCGCGCGCAAGGAGAGAGAGCAAGGACAGGAAAGGCAGGGAGGUCAACCAGACGAGCACCCAGUUUGCUACCUUACACUGGAAAUGAGGGAAAGGGGAAUAGAAACAGGAAACAAGGGUGAGAGCAAGCACUGAGUGCGUGAGGGAGGAUGCACAGGGACACUGUAAAUGGCCCGUUAAGCCGGUGCACUUUAAGUAUUGCACUAGGGCACGAAUCGCUUUUCGUGCCAGUGAAUCGUAUGGCCACGGCCCGAGUAUCUUUGACUCGGAGAAUGGUCAUUAGCCUAGGCAAUUUAAUGUUGUACACAGAGAGAGAGGCAUUGUACAUGGUAGCAAAAGCAGGUACACAAUAGGUGAUAGAUGGUUUCCUCGCACCCACAGGAGUCGCAAACCGGGCUCUCGGUGAUUCCCAUACAAUAGGAGUAGGCGUUCGUGAACGCCACUCCCAGCCUAAGGUGGCACAGCAAGGUUGUUUCGCCGCGUGAAAGGCUAGAUGGCAGUUGUAGCAUUAGCGUGGGGUGCAGUUUAUGUAAUCGGCAACUGAAGGCACUUGAACUCCAGAGAUGUUGUUACUUUUUGCGUGCAAGUAGGCAAAGUUCCUUGGCAGCGUCCUAUUUCGCCAUAGGUGUUGGACGCGUCUGGGUGUCAUCGUGGACAGACCGGGCUGCCUUGUCAGCAAGGUUGUUACCGACGAUGGCACAUUGAGCAGGAAUCCAGUGAAAGAUAAUGUUAUGCCCUCUUUCCAGAGCAUGGUGGUGCGCUUCUUUGAUGUCAGAUAUCAUCUUCUCGUAAGUUCUGUGAUUUAAUGCAGACUCGGUACUGUGAAGAGCUGCCUUAGAGUCACAAAAAAUACAAACCAUUUCUCUGUUGGCUCUUCGGUGACGUACAUCAUAGCUGCACGGAGCACGGAGAGCUGCUAGUUCUGCCGACGUAGAUGUAGUCAUGUGUGACAAUUUGAAUCCAACUGUAACCUGCUUAGCUGGAAUGACGAAUGCGGCAGUUGAGCUGGCAGCUGAGGUGGAACCAUCGUUAUAUAUAUGUAUAUGCUCAUGAUACGUCUUGUGCAGUAAGGAGCGUAAGUUGCUUCAGAGCCGGCGUUGGAAGAUAGGCGUUCUUUGUAAUUGCAGGAAUAGCAAAAUUCACUUGAGGCUGUCGCAGGCGCCACAGGGGACAUGAACGCCUCGCAGCCGGUGUAUCAGAUGAUGGUAUGCACUCUUGAUGAGCGCUAAAUCACGCUUGAAAAGGCCGUGUAAGCUCUCUCGGCUGGUAGGAAAGCUAAAUGAUGGUCAGGGAUCCUUGACAGAUGGCGAAUGUGCGCUCUGAGAGUCGACCGCUACGUGUGUCUGGAUGACAUGGUCUCGCGUGAUGGCAAUGGUUGCUGCUGUUGAGGUGCACCCAGGCAGCUCUAAACACGUGCGUGGGGCUUGACCUUGUAUGUUCUCCAAAGCACAAAUGUUCGUCUUGCAUUUAUUUGACAACACUGGCAGACUGUAACGCAGGAGUCCGAGAAAGAGUACCCUGUACAGCUGCAUCAUAGAAUGGACGGGUGUAGCUCAGUUUUUGAACACCUGAGCAAUGGCAACUAACUCCUUCUUCAGAUAGACGCAGUGACGGCUCCGCCAGAGGUUGCGGUAAAUGAUGACACCGAGAAAGCGAUACGUCUUAACAUAACACAUAGCUGGACCACUGAUUGAAACACGAUACGAUGACAUGGUUCUAUCGGAAAGGUAGGGCGGUGGGGGCGCGUUCUACUUUGGGCGGGCCGGGCGGCCGCGCCCUCCCACCCGGGCCGCUUGAUCUUGAAAGCAGUCUUACUAUGAGGACAGAGUCCGCCGUGUUUUAUUAGCUUAGUUCGCACUGAUGCGAGACCCGGCCCGAAAGUCAAUUCGCUCGCUGGUGCUGCCGCGUUUAUUCGAGCGUUUCGAGAGCGAGUUUCCACGGUCAUCGAGUCAGAUGUGUUCAUGUUUGCUUGUGCGCGCGUCACACCAUGCUUGUUAAUUUAGUUAUUAUGUCUAUGCAUAAAAGUUUAUACUUCCGACAGAGCAAGUAUCCUUACUUCGCAUGCUAAAUAUCCGCUAAUUUCGUAUCGCUGUCGAUGCUUUGCCUUUUGAGCGAAACUGAAACAUUUCUUAUUUUAAUGUGAAAGCACUAUAUGCCACAUAGCACGAAAAUCUGUCGGCAUAGUCGGCCGGUCUGAAAGAUGGUACCAAAAAUGGCCGACGGCGACAAGGGUAAAGAGAAAGCAUACAUCACAAAAUGCUCGUAUUCACGACAAUUUUCCCGGGGAUUUUCCUGUAAAGAGAGGAAAGAACGGCUUUGAAAAGAAUAUUUGGUAAAUUUUGGUCUGGGUCGGAAUCCGACCGGGGUCUCCGGGAUGCGAGACGAGCACGCUUCACCGACUCCAUAGCUGCCCCAUGGUUCUCGGUGACUAAAGGUACGCCUAGUGCGCACCUCAUUUCAUACGUGACGGCGCAGCGAAUGGAGAAUCGGUGGCUCCACGUCGUGAGCGAAGCCACUGAGCAAACCAAUGAGCAUUAAUGUCCGAUUGAACGUCACUGAGUGGUCCUUCGAAUUAUGAACAGCUCGCGGGCCAGCGAGCCUGUUGAGUUGUUUGGCGCGUUUUGAUUUGGCCUUACCGAGGCGCAGUUAGCAAGCCGUGCGAUUCAUGUCCGUGCGAUUCAUGCAUGGACAUGAAUCGCACGAAAAAAAAAAAAAAGUAUUUUACCACAGGAACUUUUUUUUUCGCAUUCCCACGAGUAAGUAUUAAGUGUCUCUGCGGAAUUUUCCCAUUCUUUUUCCGCCAUUCAACAUUGGUUCGCAAGAAGCCAUGCUGCCGCUAUCGCUGGGAUCGGCCACUCGUGCGGCAAAAAACGAAGAGUGGCACGAUAAUUGAAACAGCCCCUUUCAACAGAGCGUGAUUACAACGAUACAAAUCAACAGCACAUCAUUCUGCGCUGAGGAAAAGCAAGAAGAAGCAUUGAAUGUGAUGUUGAAGUCAAAAAUAGCCACUAAGGCAUGCCCACGGGAAAAUAUGCGUUGCAACAAUGUGCUUUUGGAGCGUAUCUGUACACACCGUCUCACGCUUGCAAGCAUUGUAAAGUUCGUUGGUCAGCACUGGCCCAUGCAAUUCAUAAAUGGAAAAUUAUGAGCAAGUUGGUGUAUAUAAUAACCUUCAUAUUUGUUUAAAUUUCUUAACCUCGGAAUCAAUACCAUGUGGUUUGCUUAAUUUUAAUUAUGUCAGCCAGUUAAUUACAAUACCACAUCCUUACAAAGAACGCAUAUCGCGUCGUGCAUUGGGUACAAUUCUGAUCGGCAAGUUUUUGCGUGUGUCUCAAUAUUUCUGGCUUAUAAGUGCGCUCACACCCUAGAUGGGCCGCACAGACGAACAUUGAAUUAUGCAGUGCGCAAUAAAAAUAGGCACAUAAAACGUGGCCUAAACUUGCAGAGAGGAUCCCUAAAAACUCCCGUCACCGAUUCAAAAAGCUAUCCACAACUGGCGAUAUGGUCGGACUUCGCGAAAUACGCGCGGGCGUUUGCAGUUAGAAACGAACAAUAAAGACAUUUCUUACUGUAA